CGGGAAAGGACGGUUUUAGUGCGCGCGCCCUGUCCACGAACCGACGUGUGUGCGCUAGAGUUACGUGCAACGUAGCGGCACCCCUGUGCAGCUGCUCAACAGACGAAGAAGAAGAAGAAGAAGUAGUAAAAGAAACCGGCCACACCCUCAGGCCUUUGGACAGCACCCCCCGCCCCAAUUCGAGUGGUGCGUUCUGCUCUACCCGCGUUCCGCGUGUGCCCGGUGUGUUUGCAAACCCCGUGGCGGCCCAAAACCAGUGUGUUAAAAUGGCCAAAGUGAUCAAACUGUUCGGUUUGCUGUGUUUAGUGGUGACGAUCGCGGCCGAAGUUCGCGUCAAGCGUCAGGAUGAGGACCUCGAUCCGGACUCGAUCAACGUGGAGGAGCUGUGCAAGGACCGGCCGGGCGAUGAGUACUUCCGCCUGAGCACGGACGGUGACUGCCGAGAGGUGGUGAGGUGCGACGAUGCGGGUGAAAACGGCAUCACGCGGCUCGCCAAAGUGCGCUGCCCGACCGGGCUGUACUUUGACGUGCUGCGCCAAACGUGCGAUUGGAAGACGAACGUGAAAUCGUGCGACCUGCUAGGAAAGCCACGCAAGGUUCUGCCGAUCCUGAAGACGGACGAGCCGAUCUGCCCGGAGGGCAAGCUGUCCUGCGGCAACGGCGAGUGCAUCGACAAGGAGCUGUUCUGUAACGGCAAGCCCGACUGCAAGGACGAGUCGGACGAGAAUGCGUGUACCGUUGAACUGGACCCGAACCGUGCGCCCGACUGUGACACGACGCAGUGCGUGCUGCCGGACUGUUUCUGCUCCGCCGACGGCACGCGCAUCCCCGGCAACAUCGAGCCGCAGCAGGUGCCGCAGAUGAUCACGAUCACCUUCAACGGGGCGGUCAACGUCGACAAUAUCGAUCUGUACGAGGACAUCUUCAACGGGCAGCGCCAGAACCCGAACGGCUGCCAGAUCCGGGGCACGUACUUCGUGUCGCACAAGUACACCAACUACUCGGCCGUGCAGGAUCUGCACCGCAAGGGCCACGAGAUCUCGGUGUUCUCGCUCACGCACAAGGACGAUCCGACCUACUGGACGCAGGGCACGUACGACGACUGGCUGGCGGAGAUGGCCGGCGCCCGGCUGAUCGUGGAGCGGUUCGCCAACAUUACCGACGGUUCGAUCAUCGGCGUGCGGGCGCCGUACCUGCGCGUCGGCGGCAACAAGCAGUUCGAGAUGAUGGCCGACCAGUUCUUCGUGUACGAUGCGUCCAUCACGGCGUCGCUCGGCCGCGUACCGAUCUGGCCGUACACGCUGUACUUCCGCAUGCCGCACAAGUGCAACGGCAACGCGCACAACUGCCCGUCCCGCUCGCACCCGGUCUGGGAGAUGGUCAUGAACGAGCUGGACCGGCGCGACGAUCCGACGUUCGACGAGUCGCUGCCCGGUUGCCACAUGGUCGACUCCUGCUCGAACAUCCAGUCCGGCGAGCAGUUCGGACGUCUGCUGCGCCACAACUUCAACCGCCACUACAAUACGAACCGGGCGCCGCUCGGUCUGCACUUCCACGCCUCCUGGCUCAAGUCGAAGAAGGAGUACCGCGAGGAGCUGAUCAAGUUCAUCGAGGAGAUGCUCGGCCGCAACGAUGUGUUCUUCGUCACCAUGCUGCAGGUCAUCCAGUGGAUGCAGAACCCGACCGAGCUGAACGCGCUGCGCGACUUCCAGGAGUGGAAGGAGAAGUGCGACGUGAAGGGCCAGCCGUACUGCUCGCUCCCGAAUGCCUGCCCGCUCACCACCCGCGAGCUGCCGGGCGAGACGCUGCGUCUGUUCACCUGCAUGGAGUGCCCGAACAACUACCCGUGGAUCCUCGAUCCGACCGGUGACGGUUUCUCCAAGAAGUAGGCGGCCUUCACCCCCUAAGCAAGUGUGGCCGGUGAACUUUUUUCUCACCCUCACCCCCUGCAUUACGAGGGGGGAAUCUACUCUGUUGUAAAUAAUGAAUCGCGGUUUUCAACCAACACACGUUUCCCUUGCGCGGGUCGUUUCUCGGCGGUGUGGCUUUUUAGACCACUGCUUUUGACUGCAACUGCUUUCUCGCACUUUCCACCACCACGGUGGUUCUGUUCGAACUCACUCUCCCUUUUUUUGUACGUUUUCUUCUAUCCAUCCUUGAAACACACAUCGUGAUAUUUUGUUUGUUCUCGCCCUUCAUCGUCUGGCGUACCUGGAGAGAGUAGGGGAGACGAACGCCCACACACACACACACAGGAUGGUGGCGGACGGGCGGUCGUGCUCGCUUCCCAUCGACCAUCUUCAUCCUUUCUUUCUUCCCUAAAACGGAGAGAAAGAACGGUUAAAAAAACAUGUUGUAAUUGAGUGUCUGUGAGCGUGUGCUCCCUCGAAGGGCACAAACACACACACAAAGCGCAGAAGAGUGAGAGAAAAAAGCGUAAUUUGUACGGUACUGUUUUAUAAUAAAAUAUUAAAACAACACAAAAAAGGCAAUUCUUUGCACGACCUGCGAGAGUGCGAGUUAACAGCGCGUUAACAAGCUCUCCCAGUGUCGGAAAGGGAAUUAUAUAUUUAAAAAUGUUCGAAAAAAAAAACAAUAAAAAAUGAUACUAAAUACAAAAAAAAACCAUUGCGUGUACCUUUUUUCUUUUUUUGUGCGGGGAUUUUGUAUGCGUUACUGAUACGCUUUU